AUGGCUGUCGACGCAAUGGAAAUUGACACCUCACCCCGGGCGACCGACGAGCGCAAGCGCAAAUCAAAGAACAAGGAUGCAUCACCGUCCAAGAAGCGCAAGCAGACCGACGAGACGAAGAGCAAGAAAGACAAAUCCAGCAAGACAGCCUCGACAUCGACCUCGACUGAACAUUCCGAGUCCCCAUUUUCUCUCGCCACGGCUACACUGUACUUGCCGUUGUCGCCCAUCUCCAUCUCGCCCACCCAUGCGCUGGCUUCGCUGAUGGCAGAGCACCUCUCGCCGCUGCUCUUGACCUACUAUCCCCCGCUGAAGGGUAUCGUCAUGGCUUAUUCCAACGCUUCAAUUUCUAGCCACCCGCCCUCAUCUAAACCCCGCAACUCAUCUGACCCGAACCCGCAGCCUCUGACGCUCGCCAAAACCGCCGACGAGUACGGCGUGCUGUACGUCUACCUGACAGCAACCUUCCUAAUCUUCCGCCCCAGACGAGGCCAGAGCCUCGAAGGCUGGGUGAACGUCCAAUCCGAGGGCUUUUUGGGCGCAGUCGUCUUCAACCUGUUCUCCGUCGGCAUUGAACGCAAACGCCUCCCCACAAACUGGCGGUGGGUACCACCCGGCGAAGAAGCCGAAGAAACCGAGACCUCAGCAAACGCAACUACAGACGAUGAGUCCGCUACCGGGCGCGCACCACCGGGCUUCGACUCCGCCAAGGAACUCUUCCAGCCCGCCCCAGUGGCUGCAGGCGAUCUGGACAUUGACGGCGAAGACGAAGGCGAGGCAUCCACAGGCCACUUCCAGUCUGUAUCUGGGCACCGCGUGCGGGGCAAUGUUCGGUUCCGCGUUGUCGACGUAGAUAUCAUCCCAGGCUCGGAACGGGACCGCGGGUUCCUGAGUAUCGAGGGGACGAUGCUCACCCCGGAGGAAGAGGAGAAGCUUGUACAGGCUGAGAACCAGGGCCAGUCAUUGCCUCCAUCGUUCCUUUCUUCUCCGACCAAGAAGACCACUCGGGUGAUUCCCAUCUCGGCGACACCGGCUGCGCAAGAGGUCUCGGUUGUGGAGAUCGAGCCGGAGGAGAAGACAGAGAAGAAAGAGAAGAGAGAGAAGAGAGAGAAGAAGGAGAAGAAAGAGAAGAAAGAGAAGAAAGAAAAGAAGUCCAAGUCAAAGAAGGAGAAGAAGGAGAAAUAG